AUGGCGUGGUAUUCUAUCCUUCCCCCGGAUUUAAUCUACGUCGAAAGCUGGGCUGCUCGGACCUUUAUUCUCCUCGGUCUCAUAACCAUCGUUCCUUGGGCGCUUCUCAUUAUGUUCGAUCUGUGCCUGUAUCUCUGGCGGAUGCUGGAAUAUGAAAUCGCCGUGGUCGGCGGUAGGGCCAGGGGGAGGCAACGACCUCGCGCGCCCAGUUUAAACGAGAGACGCGGUCGUCAACGGAGGGUGUUCAGUCUGACAGGCUAUGAAGAUGCCGAUGCGACGACCAGGAGGGAGACGACUGAGGACCAGCUGAGGCGGAGGACCCCAACCGAUCCGUCCCAAUGA